UACAUCGCUUUCUUCUGUGUACGUAUGUGACUGACACGGACACCCGAAGGCUGCCUGUUGGGAGAAAAUCACCAUCCAAGCAUCCUUCGCCACCGACUUUGCUCCAAAUUUCCUGCAUUUUUGCUUAAACAUACUCUUUUAUCUCUCUCACUCUCUCUCAGACUCUCUCUUUCUCUGGCGCACGUUGCUUUUACUAUUUUAUUUACAUCUCCUCUGUUUAUUGUACUUGUAUAUAUUUAUAUUCUUCUCUAUCUCUAUUGCUCUUAUCUCCUACAAUUCCCUGUUGUAAUGGAGAUUUCGGAUAUUCCCGAUAGAACAGCCAACACCACGCUCCCUCACAACGGCUCUGAUCUUCGAAAACGGCCUCGCACUAUUCCACAAGUUUCCGGCUCAACUUCCGAAACUAAAGAUCCCGACCCGGGUUAUUCGGUGAGUGAAACCGGGAAGAGCUGCGAGGACGAGGGGAAUCGGAGUGAAGCUGUAAUUCACUCGGCGAAUCACGUGGCCAAUGGGAACGACGGAGGCGACAAGACUGCAAACGGUCUGGAUCGGGGAACGGAUUUCGCGGCGGUGAAACUCGCGUAUCGGCCAUCGGCUCCUGCUCAUCGGAGAAUAAAGGAGAGCCCUCUUAGCUCUGAUGCAAUCUUCAAAGAGAGUCAUGCAGGUCUCCUUAAUCUCUGUAUAGUAGUGCUAGUUGCUGUAAACAGCAGACUCAUCAUUGAGAAUCUUAUGAAGUAUGGUUUGUUAAUUAGGACCGGUUUUUGGUUUAGUUCAAGAUCAUUGAGAGAUUGGCCCCUUCUUAUGUGUUGCCUUACACUCCCGAUAUUCCCACUUGCUACCUUUAUAGUGGAAAAAUUAGCACAACAGAAGUAUAUCCAUGAACCCGUUGUUGUUUUACUUCAAGUAAUCAUUACAACAGCUGUGGUUUUGUUCCCAGUUUUUGUUAUUUUGAGGUGUGACUCUGCUGUUUUAUCUGGUGUCACAUUAAUGCUCUUCGCUUGCAUUGUAUGGUUAAAAUUGGUAUCUUAUGCGCACACAAACCAUGAUAUGAGAGCACUUGCCAAAUCAAUUGAAAAGGGCGAUGUCCAACCCAAUUCUCUGAAUACGGAUUAUCCUUGCAAUGUUAACUUCAAGAGUUUGGCUUACUUCAUGGUUGCCCCAACCUUGUGUUAUCAGACAACCUAUCCUCGUACGCCAUACAUUCGAAAGGGCUGGGUGGUUCGUCAAAUUUUCAAUUUGAUAAUAUUUACAGGUGUUAUGGGAUUCAUAAUAGAACAAUAUAUUAAUCCUAUUGUCAAGAACUCACAGCAUCCCUUGAAAGGGAACCUUUUAUAUGCCAUAGAAAGGGUUUUGAAGCUUUCGGUCCCAAAUUUAUACGUGUGGCUUUGCAUGUUCUACUGCUUCUUUCACCUCUGGUUAAAUAUACUGGCUGAACUUCUUCGCUUUGGUGAUCGGGAGUUUUACAAAGAUUGGUGGAAUGCUAAAACGGUUGAAGAGUACUGGAGAAUGUGGAAUAUGCCUGUGCAUAAAUGGAUGAUUCGCCAUAUCUAUUUUCCAUGCCUGAGGAAUGGGAUACCAAAGGGUGUGGCCAGUCUAAUCGCCUUCCUUGUGUCUGCUGUAUUCCAUGAGCUAUGCAUUGCUGUUCCAUGCCACAUGUUCAAGUUGUGGGCUUUUAUUGGCAUAAUGUUUCAGGUUCCCUUGGUUCUGAUCACUAAUUACCUGCAAAAUAAGUUCAGAAACUCAAUGGUGGGAAAUAUGAUAUUCUGGUUCAUUUUCUGUAUUCUCGGUCAACCUAUGUGUGUGCUUCUAUACUACCACGACCUAAUGAACCGGAAAGGGAAGACUGAAUAAAAACUAUUGACUCCCUCAUUUACUCUGGAAAGUAAAGUUUCUGUAGAUAUAGUGCGUCUAUUGUUUUAUGAAGGGAGUAACAUCAUUUUUCGGUACGGCAUCCCUACUGGAGCGAGGUGGGUUGGACUUCAUUUCAUUAUAUUCAGAAUGCAAUGCUGCUUUUAUGCUGUGACCAUAUAAUACUUUUAUCUUCUUGAUAGGCUUCUUGGUCUACGGCUUUUGGGGGGGUUUGGAAAAAUGCUCUAUUACCAAUUUUGAUGUUCAAUGCUCUAGCAAAGAACUAGUACUGGUUUAUCUUGCUGCUAAUGUAAAUGAUAGUCGAAGGCUUCUCUAGAUAAAAUAAGAGAUGGGUGAGCAACACUUAACUUUACAUAUAUAUAUAUAUACUGUAGACUUUACAUGAGAUGAUGCAU